GGGAGGGAGGAGGCCGCCGGUGUGCGGCGAGGAGGCGGGGAACUCGGCUCGGCCCGCGCCGGGCAGCUCCCCCUCCGGCUGCAGGUGGAGUUCGCGGAGGUGGCGGUUCCUUCAGCCGCCGCCCCCACCUCCUCUCCUGGGGCCGCUUUCCUGCCCAGAGGGCGCCGGCCAGGGGCACCCGGUGCCAGCGGACCGGGCGCCGGGGCCGCUGCUCGCCUGCCGUCCCCGGCUGCGCCUCCGCGUCUCGCCCAUGGCUGAGGGCCGGCGGCGGGAGGACGAGGAGGAAGAGCUGCGCGAGCGCCGCGAGGUUGGGGGCCCGCGCCGCGCCCGGGGCCGUGCGCUCUCGGGCCACCCGGCCGCAGAUCGCAACGAACGAAAUAAACCAGAGCACCGUUCUGCCAGCCAAGGACCCUUGUCAUCCAUUAGAGCCGUAAUCAAGAGAUCUUCUCGGACUUCUAUUCAGAGUGAACUUCAUCGAGAUAGGAGGCGCCCAGAGAUCACCAUUGUGGCAGCUGAGCCUCUGAGGCCAGCCUCCUGGUUUCCAGGAGCCCCACCUCCAGGACUGGGAUUUCCUCCAACUCCUGCCCCCGGCCCGUGGAGGCCAAAUGAGCUGGUUUCUGCUGAGCUCCCGCCUUCUUAUGAACAAGUCAUAAAAGAAAUCAACCAAGUUCAAGUUAACACUACAAAUAAUAAUAAUGCUGCUGCCACUCCAAGGCACACUAUCACUUCUGCAACUCAGACUGACUUUUCAGAAGACAUAGACAACAAUCUGCCUCAAACACUGCCGGAGCCUCUCAAGCCUCUUCAGCCUUCUCCAGCAGCCUCACCCGGCAAUGUCCCCACCAGUGUGGCUCCUUUAAUAGUCUUUGAUGUUUCUGAAGAAGCAAGUUGUCCAGAAAACCCCAGUGCUCCAAGAUGUCCAGUGCCAAAACCAAGAUCGAAAAGCAACCUCAGACCAGUAGCUAAAACUGCCCAGAAAAUCAGCCCAGCAGUCCCAGAAGAGGAGCCAUCCCCAGGCUGGCCCCAGUGUCUGUUGGACAAUACCAGCGACUUAGAAAGUCUGCCAAGGAUGGACACGAUGAACGCAGAGCAAAGCCAAAAUAGCAUUGUUUCAAGGAUCAAAGCAUUUGAGGGUCAGACAAACGCAGAAACCCCGGGACUGCCCAAGAAACCAGAGAUCAUCCCCCGCACACUGCCCCCAAAGCCUGCUGUUUCCUCAGGGAAACCUUCUGUGGCUCCCAAACCAGCGGCUAACAGAGCUUCUGGAGAAUGGGACGCUUGGGCUGAAAACAGACUCAAGGUGACCUCCAGGGAAGGGCUCACCCCGUUCUCUUCACCACCAGAACCAGGCAGUGUGCCAGUAACCAAACCCGAAUUGCCAAAGAAACCAACUCCUGGCCUUACCCGAAGUGCUAACCACGAGAUUCCGGGAGGAGGGCCCGUGGCCGACAGCCCUGAUGCUGGGAAGAAAGUCCCCACUCCUGCCCCUCGGCCCUUGCCCCCGAAGAAAUCGGUUUCCUCAGAAAACCCCAGCUGCCCUUUGGCUCCACCGAAACCAGCCCCUGUUCCUCCCCGGCUUUCAGUGGCAUCACAAGCCAAAGCAUUCAGGUCACUGGGAGAAGGGCCCGCGGCCAACCCCCCAGUUCCAGCUCUGCAAAGCAAGUCCCUGGGGGACAUUGACCUCAUCAGCUUUGAUGAUGAUGUUUUGCCCACCUCCCCUGGGAGCCCGGCUGAAGAAUCCCUCAGUUCAGAGCUGCUUCUAGAUCCCUUUCAGCUCCCCACAAAAACUGAACCAACGAAAGAAAGAGCAAUUCAACCAGCAGCCGCCAGGAAGCCCACUGUAAUUCGAAUUCCAGCCAAACCAGGAAAAUGUUUACAUGAGGAUCCGCAAAGCCCACCUCCACUCCCAGCUGAAAAACCUAUUGGAAACACGUACAGCACAGUACCUGGAAAACCCAGUAAUGCUGACAGAUCUAGAAACUUGGAAUCCAACCAAGCUGGUGAGACCGGAGGUUUUGUGCGAGGACCCCCAAGGUUGCCACCAAGACCCGUUAAUGGAAAACCUACUCCAGCUAGACGGCCUCCUCCCAAAGGAGCCCCCGAGAGGCCACCUCCCCCAAAACUUCCUGCAACCCGAACAUCAAAUAAAAAACUGCCUUUUAGUCGGUCCUCUUCUGACAUGGAUCUUCAGAAAAAACAAAGUCACUUGGCAUCUGGGCUCUCAAAAGCCAAGAGUCAUAUCUUUAAAAGUCAAGAUCCGGUGCUACCCCCUCGUCCCAAACCAGGACAUCCUCUGUACAGAAAAUACAUGGAUCCAAGCCCUGCUCAGAAACCUGUGGACAGUAGUGCUCCUCACGCUGUCGUUCUUCAUGAUUUUGCAGCAGAGCAAGAUGACGAUUUGAAUCUCACAUCUGGAGAAAUUGUUUAUCUUCUUGAAAAAAUAGACACAGAUUGGUACAGAGGGAAAUGCAGAAGCCAGACUGGCGUAUUUCCUGCCAACUAUGUCAAAGUAAUCGUUGAUAUUCCAGAAGGAGAAAAUGGGAAAAGAGAAUCUGUUUCAUCUCAUUGUGUUAAAAAUACAAGAUGUGUUGCUCGGUUUGAAUAUAUUGGAGACCAGAAGGAUGAGUUAAGUUUCUCAGAGGGAGAAAUGAUUAUUCUUAAAGAGUACAUGAAUGAGGAAUGGGCAAGAGGAGAGCUUCAAGACAGAACUGGGAUCUUCCCCCUUAACUUCGUGGAACUUGUUGAGGAUUAUUCCACCUCUGGUGCAAAUGUUUUAAGAACAAAGAUACCACCAAAGACCAAAAAAGAAGAUUCUGGCUUACAUUCUCAGGACAACAGCCUUUCUGGAGAAUGGUGCAGAGCUCUCCACAGUUUUACAGCAGAAACCAGUGAGGACUUAUCCUUCAAGAGGGGGGACCGGAUCCUGAUCCUCAAGCGUCUGGACUCCGACUGGUAUCGGGGCAGACUGCACGACAGAGAGGGGAUCUUCCCAGCAGUUUUUGUGCAGCCCUGUCCAGCUGAGGCAAAAAGUAUGUCUGCCAUAUCACUGAAGGGGAGAAAGGCCAAAGCCUUGUAUGAUUUCCAGGGGGAGAAUGAAGACGAGCUCUCCUUCAAGGCUGGGGAUAUAAUAACAGAGCUGGAAUCUGUAGAUGACGACUGGAUGAGUGGAGAACUAAUGGGAAAAUCUGGAAUAUUUCCCAAAAACUACGUUCACAUUCUACAAGUCAGCUAAAGGUGAAGCUCCACUGUUCCCUGGCACGAAAACUUGCUUGAACUAUCAUUUUGACUAUCAGAUGUUUUUGCACUAUUUUUUUAAGCAGAAAGAGAAAUACCUGAGGUGUACACGAUACACUAGAAUUUUCUGAAAGCAGAAAACUUCUAGGUUUUGUAGCUAGCUUUCCUUCACAGUGGGAGUGUGCACAUGGGCUAGGAAGACACCUGGAGGGAUUAGCAAGGCAGAUACACAUGUCCCCCCUCCCCCAGGGAGAGUGUCUGGUGACUCAGCCGCAUGGAGUGGCUGCAAACCCAAGUUGCACUUGGCGGUGUGUUUUAAUCAGCACAAAUGAAUUAACCAUGCUUCUUCAUUUUUACUUUAGUUUAAAAAGAGGACGUUUGACAUUCUAUAUGCUGUAACUAUCAGGACAUGGUUGGUAAUCUCAAUUUCAUUUUUGAUAUUCAAAUUAUUUCUAACAGCCUGAGCACAUUAGCCUUAGUACCAGGGCAGAGAGAGAGAGUUUAUUAACUAGUUGGAGCAUUUCUAAGCACAUGGCAAAGUCAGCUCACACUCAGCAAAUGCUCCUAUGUAACAGUUUCCUCUUGGUCCAAGGAGCUGAAGGGGGUCAAAAUUGGAUGUAUCUUAGUCAAAAAAGCCCAAACCAUCCCCAAGAUGCCUUGCUAAUGCAGCUGACUCUUCCACACACAUGCCAUGGUUUUUCUUUGCUCAGUCUAUGCUUUAUGUUAACAGGGUUAUUAUAAAGCACAUUCUCUGAAUCUGCAGUCAUUCCUUUGACAAUUACUGGUACCCAAAGGAAAAUUCAUUUUCUUUGCAUUACCCCAGUAAUAUAUAAAAGCUGUGUCUUGUUAUGGUAGGACAUUAUGAAUCACAUAGAGCAUCUUUGAAUGCAGAGCAACGGUUAAGAUGAAAAACAGUGUCAACCCCCACCACUCAUUUAUUCGCAAUAUAAUCAGAAUGAAAAAUAAUUUAAGAGAACUGAAGGCUGGUACUUUCCACCAGCCACGCCCCCCUCCAGCUCUUCUCAGCACAAUUAUUAGAGUAAAUAAAAAAAAAACCACUUUCCUUUCAUCCAUUGUUAUACAUUGCAAAGCUUAAGAUAAAAGUGGUUCUUCACAUGACUGAAUCAGUUACAGCUGAUGGGCUAAAGCCAAAUAGGUUGAAGACAAUCUUCCAAACACAUCAGUAGAAUAGAAUUUCUUGAAAAUGUAGAACACUUUCCCAACAAUGUUCAUGACUUUCUUCUGUUUUUGAGAAGAAUUUUAUAUGCUGGACCACUUUUGAGCCUCUGUCGUUUUCUCCCAUUGCCCAAAAGCUGGGCAGCCAGUGAUUGCACUUGACCUGAAUGCCACGUGGAGUCUGGAAGGAAGUAAUAUUUACUUGGUCUUUGAGUGAAGUUCACCUCCAAGGUUUAUUGGUUACAUUUGAUUUUGGAGUAUGGGAGCUGUGUUUUCUAUGUUUGGAGUGAGGAAGAGAGUAUAAAGAGAAUUCUUGUCCAAUUUCACUUAAAGGUCAUUUAAUGAGAAAGGGAUGACUUUUAAACCAUUAUCCAAACUAAAAUUUUCAUUGGCAGCAAGCUGUACAACAGCAGGAAGGGGUCAGGGCUAGGGAAAGGGACAUGAGGUUUCUAUCUUUGCCUGUGUAAUUUUAACAUAUUGAAGAUUCUGAAAACUUAUCUCUUUUGGAGAAAAAUAUCCCCCUUAAUGUUGGCCUUCUGUAAGCAGAAUGAUAAGUGCAAUAGUUGUAAAUCUACUUGACACUAUAAUAAACCGAACUGAACUUU